GAGAGUGUAACUAGUACGUAGAUGAGGUGUAACUAACAAAAAGCAUUGGAAUCGCAAUGGAAAACCCUAAAAAUCUGUAAUUGGGAUUUAUGAUUGCGAGGACGUAGCAGCAACAAUCAGAAAUCCAAAUUCCAAUUUCAAAACCAUCAACAAAGUAGAAACAGAAUCACUGUCCCUGCUUUCUCGGGUUUUUAAUUAAUAUACCAUACCAUGAAGAGGACAAUGCCAUGGAGUGAUGAUGAGAGUGAUGACUCAUCUGCAGAUGAAUCAUCAUCUUUACAUUCAGACUCUGAACAUGAUAGUGAAAAUGGAGGGAAAAAAUCCAAAGGUAAAUCUAUAAAGCAGAAAACUGCUCCAAUUGACUUUGAUGCCCUGAAGCGAUACGGGUAUAAAGGUGGGCCGUCGGUCUUAAAGGUACCUCCACCCAAAGAAGAUGACACAAAGAAAGAUUGGUCCUGGUCCAGUGGAAAGGAAAAGCGUGUCAACAAGGAAAUUGAAGAAACAUAUGAAGAGCGAAAGAAAACAAGAGAGGCUCUUUCCCUAGGAGAGCAGCUGCCAACUGUUCUUACAAGGAAUGAAAAGAAGAAUCUUUCCUUUUCUCAGAAGGAAAAGAAGAAAAGGGAUCUUGGUCAAGCAAGCAGGGGGAAAAACUAUGUUGAAGAAGAGAAGAGACUGUUGAGGGACAAUGGAGUCUAUUCUGGUUUUGAUACUUGAUAUGCGAGGCUAGAAUCUACUACAUCUUGUAUAAAGUAGUGCAUAAUUUGAAGUGUUAAUCCAUCAUGCAUAAAAGAAAAGUCAUCCUAGGAGAAGAAGGAUAAAUUGAGAUAUAUUGAAAGAGCAGGCAACGACUCCCAAUUGAAGCAAAUAUAAAAAUGAAGCAAUUU